AAGUUCAAGCAAGAUACUGCACAGCGCUCAAGGCCCAAGGCUCGAGGCUCAAUGUUCAAGACUCAGAAGAGCCUUUCAUAAGUGACGCCCUGCUGACACAAUCACACACAUCAUUCGACGGCCACUUCGGCUUCUUCCCGCGCCCCGAUCGAGAUGCGAAAAGAUGACGUCGUAAAAGGGGCGACACGACUACAAAGACAGCACCACUCGCCACUCUGCUCUUCAUCUGCCAAUAUCCAUCAUGGCUCCAGAGAAUAAUAAAGGAAAGACAGGCCUCAAUUUCAAGCUCCGUGACUUUGGCGCAGACGCUGCAGAUUCCGGUGCAGUCUACACCACCUCCAAUGGUGUUCGCAUGCCCAAUCCAGCUGAAGCACAGCGCGUCGGCGAGAAUGGACCUCUUCUUCUUCAGGACUUCCAUCUACUUGACUUGAUCUCGCACUUCGAUCGCGAGCGUAUCCCAGAGCGUGUUGUACACGCCAAGGGUGCAGGUGCGCAUGGUACCUUUACCUGCACAAAGUCUCUCAAAGACCUGUGCAUGACUGGUAUCUUUGCAGAAGAAGGCAAGUCCUGCCCGGUAACUGUUCGAUUCUCCACUGUCGGUGGCGAGUCUGGUUCACUGGAUGCUGCGCGUGACCCUCGUGGUUUCUCCAUCAAGCACCGAACAGACGAAGGUAACAUGGACUGGGUCUUCAACAACACCCCCAUCUUCUUCCUACGAGACCCAGCAUUGUUCCCGCUCUUCAUUCACACGCAGAAGCGUCACCCGCAAACGCAUCUCACACAUGCUCAGGACUCAACAGCAUUCUGGGACUACCUCUCGCAGAACCCAGAAGCCGUCCACCAAUUUAUGAUUCUCAUGGGUGACCGUGGCAUUCCAAGCAGUUAUGCGACCAUGAAUGGCUACAGCUCACACACAUUCAAGCUUGUCAAUGACGAGGGCGAGUGGGUGUAUGCACAGUUCCACAUCAUGGCAGACGAGGGAGUUAAGACCCUCACGAACGACGAGGCUGCCAAGCUUCCUCCUGAUUCGCACACGCAAGACUUGUUCGAGCGUAUUGAGAGUGGCAAAUUCCCCACAUGGACCUACAAUGUGCAGACCAUGACACCUAAGCAGGCCGAGCAGUCUGGCAUCAAUGUCUUUGAUCUCACCAAAGUCUGGCCACAUAAGGAGUUCCCUUUGCGAGAGUUUGGCAAACUCGUCUUGGACUCAAACCCGGCAAACUACUUCAGCGAGGUUGAGUUGGCAGCCUUUAAUCCUGCUCACUUGCUUCCUGGUAUUGAGCCUUCGGCUGAUCCAGUCUUGCAGUCUCGCUUGUUCUCUUACCCGGAUGCACACCGAUACCGAAUUGGCAGUAACUACCAGCAGUUGCCCGUCAACCAGACUAACACGCCAUACCUGGCAGGCAACUUCCAGCGCGAUGGACAAAUGGCCUACUACAACCAGGGUGCCCGUCCUAACUACAUGUCAUCGCUCAACCCCAUCAAAUUGUCUGAGCGCAAGUAUGGCAUUGACAAGGUGCACGCCGAGUACAUGGGCAAUGCUAUUGCCUACCUGUCAUCCAUUCGCAAGGAAGACUUUGACCAGCCUCGUGCAUUGUGGACAAAGGUGUUUGACGCUGGACAGCGCGAACGCAUCACCGACACCAUUUCGGGACACAUGGCGAAUGUGUCAGACCCAGAAAUCAUCAAACGCUGCAUCGGCAUCUUCUAUGAGGUGCACGAGGAGUUUGGCCGGUUGAUUGAGAAGAAGACUGGUUGCAAGGAUGCGUACCACUCGAUUGAGGGCAUGAAGUUCACGCAGCGCAAUGAGAUGGGUGCUGGUGUCAACGCCACGAAUGGCUCGCAGAAUGACAGUACACACAAGUGACAUGUCUUGCUGAAUAGCAUUUAUAGUAAGGAAGCAUGUUUAUGAGGAAAGGCCAUUAUGUGACUUGUCUGUCUAUUUCCG